AUGAGCGGGAGGAGGUGGCAGGGAGCGGCAGGAGGCGGCAGGGAGCGGCAGGAAGCGGCAGGAGGCGGCAGGGAGCGGCAGGAGGACUCGCAGGCGGCAAGAGGCGGCAGGAGGACUCGCAGGCGGCAAGAGGCAGCAGGGAGCGGCAGGAGGCGGCAGGGGGCGGCAGCAGAAGAUGGAACCGAGCAGGAGCCGAGAGGAGCCGCGCUAAGUAGAGAGAGAGAGAGAGAGAGCGAAAUGGGGAGAGGAGAGCUGUCGGGCCCUCGGAGGCCCCCGGUCUACACCUGGGAGGAGGUGCAGAGACACAGACACAGGAGCGACCAGUGGAUCGUCAUCAACAGAAAGGUCUACAACGUCAGUCACUGGGUCAACAGGCACCCAGGAGGACUCAGACUGAUACAGCACUACGCAGGAGAGGACGCCACGGAAGCGUUCACAGCGUUUCAUCGUGAUCUGAAGUUGGUCCAGAAGUUUCUGAAGCCGCUGCUGAUCGGAGAACUGUCUGAGCACGAGCCCCGUCAGGACAACAACAAGAAUGAGGCAGUGGCCGCAGACUUCCGGGCGCUGCUCUCUGAGGUGCAGAGAGAGGGUAUGUUCGAGGCCUGUCCCUGGUUCUUCUUCCUGCAUUUGACCCACCUCCUGCUGCUGGAGACCGGGGCCUGGCUCCUGCUGAGACUGUGGGGGACCGGCUGGGGGCCCACCCUGCUGGGCUGCCUGCUGCUGACUGUGGUACAGGCUCAGGCCUCAUGGCUCCAGCACGACUUUGGACAUCUGUCUGUUUUCAAAAGAUCGAGAUGGAAUCACGUCGCUCAGAGGUUUGUCAUCGGUCACCUCAAGGGGGCCUCUGCUCAGUGGUGGAACCAUCGGCAUUUCCAGCAUCACGCCAAACCCAACAUCUUCAGCAAAGACCCAGACGUCAACAUGGUCCAAGUGCUGGUGGUCGGAGCGGUUCAGCCUGUGGAGUUUGGAAUCAAGAAGAUCAAAUUCCUGCCGUACAAUCACCAGCACAAGUACUUCUUUUUAGAAAACUCAGUGAAAUGUUUGCAGGACACACAGAUCCAGGAUGAUCUGUCUCUGCCUCUGCCUCUGUCUCUGCCUCUGCCUCUGUCUCUGUCUCUGCCUCUGCCUCUGUCUCUGUCUCUGCCUCUGCCCCUGCCUCUGCCUCUGUCUCUGCCUCUGUCUCUGCCUCUGCCUCUGCCUCUGCCUCUGCCUCUGCCUCUGUCUCUGUCUCUGCCUCUGCCUCUGUCUCUGCCUCUGUCUCUGUCUCUGCCUCUGCCUCUGUCUCUGUCUCUGCCUCUGUCUCUGUCUCUGCCUCUGCCUCUGCCUCUGCCUCUGCCUCUGCCUCUGUCUCUGUCUCUGUCUCUGUCUCUGUCUCUGUCUCUGUCUCUGCCUCUGCCUCUGCCUCUGUCUCUGCCUCUGUCUCUGCCUCUGCCUCUGUCUCUGCCUCUGCCUCUGCCUCUGUCUCUGCCUCUGUCUCUGCCUCUGCCUCUGUCCCUGCCUCUGCCCCUGCCCCUGCCUCUGCCUCUGCCUCUGUCUCUGCCUCUGCCUCUGUCCCUGCCUCUGUCUCUGUCUCUGCCUCUGUCUCUGCCUCUGCCCCUGCCCCUGCCUCUGCCUCUGCCUCUGCCUCUGUCUCUGUCUCUGCCUCUGUCUCUGCCUCUGCCUCUGUCUCUGUCUCUGUCUCUGCCUCUGCCUCUGUCUCUGCCUCUGUCUCUGCCUCUGUCUCUGCCUCUGCCUCUGUCUCUGUCUCUGCCUCUGCCUCUGUCUCUGCCUCUGCCUCUGUCUCUGCCUCUGCCUCUGUCUCUGUCUCUGCCUCUGUCCCUGCCUCUGUCUCUGUCUCUGUCUCUGUCUCUGCCUCUGCCUCUGCCUCUGUCUCUGCCUCUGUCUCUGCCUCUGCCUCUGUCUCUGCCCCUGCCUCUGCCUCUGUCUCUGUCUCUGCCUCUGUCUCUGCCUCUGCCUCUGCCUCUGCCUCUGCCUCUGUCUCUGUCUCUGUCUCUGCCUCUGUCUCUGCCUCUGCCUCUGUCUCUGUCUCUGUCUCUGUCUCUGCCUCUGUCUCUGCCUCUGUCUCUGCCUCUGCCUCUGUCUCUGUCUCUGCCUCUGUCUCUGCCUCUGCCUCUGCCUCUGCCUCUGUCUCUGCCUCUGUCUCUGCCUCUGCCUCUGUCUCUGCCUCUGCCUCUGUCUCUGUCUCUGUCUCUGCCUCUGUCUCUGCCUCUGUCUCUGCCUCUGCCCCUGCCUCUGCCUCUGUCUCUGUCCAAAAUUGGUCCUCCUCUGAUCAUCCCGGUCGUGUUCCACCUCCAGGCCAUGUACCGCACCAUCCAACGCAGGAACUGGGAGGACCUGUGUUGGUCUCUGACGUACUACCUCAGAUACUUUCUGUGUUUCGUUCCUCUGUUUGGAUUCUGGGGAUCUGUGGCGUUCCUCACUUUGGUCAGGUUUCUGGAGAGUCACUGGUUUGUUUGGGUGACGCAGAUGAACCACCUGAGCAUGGAGAUCGACCACGAGCGGCACCAGGACUGGCUGAGUAUGCAGCUUCAGGCCACAUGUAACGUGGAGCAGUCGACCUUCAAUGACUGGUUCAGUGGACACCUCAACUUCCAGAUCGAGCACCAGUAA